CCAUCACCACGGGGGCGGUCGUCCCCCGCGCACUUGGUACAUUCGGAGAGGCCAGGCCCAGCCCGGGCGGUACAAUAGGGUAGGGCCGCGACCAGGACUGGGCCGGCGCGGGGCAAAGGAGCUGCUGAAUCGCUCUUGCAGAGGACCGACACCGGGUGGCCGGCUACUCAAGAUCUUCCUUAGCCACCGGCCUCGACCUCUCCUACUCCGAGCGCGGCCGUCAAUAAGUCGUUGCCCGCUGGGCGGGCCGGGCGGGAUGCGCCGCGGGACCCCCGUCCUGGCCUCGGGCCGCCGCCGCCGCCGCCGCUGAGACCCCCCAAAACCUCCAUUGACGCCGCAGCCAUGGAGAGCGGCCCGCGUGCGGAGCCCGGGCCGGGCGCACCCGCAGCUGUGGUAGCCAGGAUCCCCUCAGAGCCAAGACCUUCUCCAGAAGGUGACCCUUCCCCUCCACCGCCACCAACACCGAUGUCAGCCUUGGUUCCUGACACUCCGCCGGACACCCCUCCUGCCAUGAAGAAUGCCACUAAUCCUAAGCUGCUCCCACUGGAACCGGAGAAUCCCACUGGGCACAUCUCGCCUCGGCCACCUCUCCCACAGGAAGACUCCCCAUCCUCAGAAGCAAAAAGCAGGGGACCCACCCCUCCAGCCUCAGGCCCACGGGAUGCCAGGUCUUCUCGAAGGAGCAGCCAGCCAUCCCCAACAGCAGUGCCAGCCUCCGACAGCCCUCCUACCAAGCAAGAUGUAAAGAAGGCAGGAGAGAGACACAAGCUCGCCAAAGAGCGGCGAGAAGAGCGGGCCAAGUACCUGGCGGCCAAGAAGGCAGUAUGGCUGGAGAAGGAGGAAAAGGCCAAGGUGCUCCGGGAGAAGCAGCUGCAGGAGCGCCGCCGACGGCUAGAGGAACAGCGGCUUAAAGCUGAGCAGCGCCGGGCUGCCCUGGAGGAGCGGCAGAGGCUGAAGCUGGAGAAAAACAAGGAACGCUAUGAAGCAGCAAUCCAGCGGUCAGUGAAGAAGACCUGGGCUGAAAUCCGGCAACAGCGCUGGUCCUGGGCAGGGGCCCUGCACCACAGUUCCCCCGGACGUGGGAGCAGGUGCUCCGUGUCGGCAGUAAACCUGCCCAAACACGUGGACUCUAUAAUCAACAAGCGGCUCUCAAAGUCCUCUGCCACGCUCUGGAACUCCCCCAGUAGAAAUCGCAGUCUGCAGCUGAGCGCAUGGGAGAGCAGCAUUGUGGAUCGUCUGAUGACGCCCACCCUCUCCUUCCUGGCUCGGAGUCGCAGCGCGGUCACACUGCCCCGCAACGGCAGGGACCAGGCCGUGCCAGUGUGCCCGCGCUCGGCCUCCGCCAGCCCCCUGACUCCUUGUAGCGCCCCUCGGAGCGCGCACCGCUGCACCCCCUCCGGGGAGCGCGCAGAACGGCGCAAGCCUGGCGCCGGCGGCAGCCCCGCAUUGGCGCGCCGCCGGCUGGAAGCCACGACGGUGCUGAAAAAGGAGAAGAAGGACAAGGAGCGGGAAAACGAGAAGGAAAAGAGCGCCCUGGCCCGCGAGCGCAGCCUCAAGAAGCGCCAGUCGCUGCCAGCAUCUGUGAGACCUCGGCUCUCCGCCAGCGCUGAGCUUAGCCCUAAGUCCAAGGCCCGGCCAUCCUCUCCCUCUACAACCUGGCACAGACCUGCCUCCCCCUGCCCCAGCCCAGGACCAGGCCAUGCCCUUCCUCCAAAACCACCGUCCCCCCGAGGCAACACUGCAUCACCUAAGGGGAGGGUUCGGAGGAAGGAGGAGGCAAAAGAGAGCCCCAGCCCAUCAGGGCCUGCUGAGGAUAAGAACCACAGCAAAAGCAGAACCGAGAAGGAGCCAGUGGCCCCAGCCUCACCAGCGCCCUCACCAGCACCCUCACCCAUCCCAGCCCAGCCUCAGAAGGAGCAGUCCUCAACAGAAAUCCCUGCAGACACCUCUGUCCCGACUGCUCCUCCUACCGCUGCUCCCCCAGUGACUCCUAGCAAACCCAUGGCCGGCACCACAGACCGAGAAGAAGCCACUCGGCUUCUGGCUGAGAAGCGGCGCCAGGCUCGGGAACAGAGGGAACGGGAAGAACAGGAGCGGAAGCUACAGGCUGAAAGGGACAAGCGACUGCGGGAGGAGCAGCUGGCGCGGGAGGCUGAGGCCCGGGCAGAACGUGAGGCCGAGGUCCGGAGGCGGGAGGAGCAGGAGGCUCGAGAGAAGGCACAGGCCGAGCAGGAGGAGCAGGAGCGGCUGCAGAAGCAGAAAGAGGAAGCCGAAGCUCGGUCCCGGGAAGAAGCUGAGCGCCAGCGCCUGGAGCGGGAAAAGCACUUCCAGAAGGAGGAACAGGAGAGACAGGAACGAAGAAAGCGGCUCGAGGAGAUAAUGAAGAGGACUCGGAAGUCAGAAGCCACUGAAACCAAGAAGCCGGACGGGAAGGAGACCACAGCCAACAAUUCCGGCCCAGACCCUGUGAAAGCUGUAGAGACUCGGCCCUCUGGGCUACAGAAAGAUUCUGUGCAGAAAGAGGAGCUGGCCCCCCAGGAGCCACAAUGGAGCCUGCCAAGUAAGGAGAUGGCAGGCUCCCUGGUCAAUGGCCUGCAGCCUCUCCCAGCGCACCAGGAGAACGGCUUCUCGCCAAAGGGAACCGCCGGAGACAAGGGUCUGGGUCGAACACCAGAGGGACUCCUUCCAUUUGCAGAGGCAGAAGCUUUCCUCAAGAAGGCAGUGGUGCAGUCCCCACAGGUCACAGAAGUCCUUUAAGCACUUGCCUCGGACCCGGGUGCAGCUGUGAAGGUUCCUCCGUAUCAGCUCAUGGGUGUCUGGAAGAGAAAGAGACAGAACAAAGAGCUGAAG